AUAAUGAAAUCAGACAUCUCAGACGUCAUCACUGAAGAGUGUGAAUUGCAAUUGAGAGGAUUAAUUUAAUUAUCAACGACAGACGUGCUAAAAAGACGAUUCCGAUAAGUGAUAGAAUUUUUUCUCUUGCCUACUUUGUCGGUAAUAAUUUUUUCUUUGCCAUGAAAGCGUCGACGAGUUUUUUUUCGUUUUCGUUUUUAAAUUUUAAACUCAUUUUUUAUUUGAAUAUUAUCAUUAUUUUUUGUUCUUUCGUUGGAGGGUUCGAUAUAAUUUGAUAGGUACGAUCGGAAUGUGCUGUUUUUAAUGAAUAAUGGAUCCAGUAGGAUAAGGUAGUUUUAAUUUCAACAUGUUACAAAGAAUAUCCUCGAAUGGGACAGCAAAACAAGUGUGUUAUGGGUUGAUAACGUUACUCAUUUAUGUCUCAAUCGGAGUGAGUCGCAGUUAUGUGGCAUUUUUAUCUCAUCAAUUGAAUCAACCUGAAUCUGAAUUACAUCUUACGAAUGACGAAAAAACAUGGAUAGGUUCGGGAGUAUGUUUAUUAACACCAGUGGCAAGCUUGGUGACUGGAUAUUUGAUGGAUGUGAUCGGAAGAAGAACUUGUAUUGCGUUUAUGUUUGUACCAUUUCUUGUUUCUUGGACUUUGGUCAGUGUGGUAUCAUCUUAUGGAAUGUUACUUUUGGCCAUGAUAAUCAGCAGUAUUGGUUUAGGAAUGGGUUCAUCAGUUGUUCCAUAUGUGUCAGAAAUAUCAACAGCAAAGCACAGAGGCAUACUACUUGCCCUAGUCGACACAACAUUAAACGUAGGAGUUAUAUUAUGCAGCGUGCUGAUGUAUUAUCUAAAAUGGAACAUAGUUAGCAUAAUUUUCGCCCUUAUGUCUUUAAUUAGUUUACUUUUAACGUUGAUUUUACCCGAAUCUCCAGUCUGGUUAUACUCGAAAGGUAAAAAAGAACAAGCUAUCGAGGUACUAGAAGCUCUAAGAUCUAAACUACGAUGCCAACUAGACGACGAAAUAAAAGACAUGGAACGUUCUUCAUCAGUAGCAAUUGAUCAAAAAGGCGGUCGAGGAUUAGUGGACACUUUGAAAAAAUGUUUUCAAUCCUGGAGGCAAUUUUCAAUCACUAAUUUCUUCACUUUAUUUAUUGUUUUAGCCGGUCCUUUUAUACUUUUAUCCUACUCUGUGCUUAUAAUAGAGGAACUGAAGAUCCCUUACGAUGCGGCGAAAUUAGCGGUAAUUUAUUCCAUAGCUGGAUUCUGUGGUAGUUUUCUUUCGCCAUUUUUCAUACAUAAUUUCAAAAGAAGAAUAGUUCUGACAAUUUCAGCUGGUGGAAUGACUGUCAGUAUGCUGGGAAUAUCCUUGUAUGAAAUUUUCUACUUGCACGAAGAGAAUGAAAACAAACCUUGUGUUUGGAUUAUACCUAUUUUUCUAUGCUCGUAUAAUCUUUUAAAUAAUAUGGGUGUUCUGCCGUUAGGUUUUGUUAUUGGUGGUGAACUUUUUCCUUUAGAAGUUAGGGGUACUUUGCAAGGGUUUUCUGGAUUUUUAUGUAGUACUGCUUGGACUGUUAGUUUGAAAUUUUAUCCUAUGAUUAUGUUUGGUUUUGGUAUUAGAGCGAUGCUGUGGUGUUUUACGUUGUUUUGUGCGUUGCUGGUGUUUUAUGGAAUUUUUAUUUUACCCGAAACGUAUGGGAAGACUUUGAAUGAAGUACAGGAGCAGUAUUUCAGUAAAAAGAAAAAUGACGAAUUGAAACUUUAAUGAAUUUUGUACGUUGAUUAUAAAUAAAUUCGUUCGUUCCUGUUU